AUGGUCUAUCCCGCAGGGCAAUUGGUCCGGACAGCUGCCCGGACCGGCGUCACCUUCGUCCCUCGCCGAACAUUGACCUCGACAGUCAUUCGUUGCGCUUCCAACAAUGGCGAAAGCAAAUCGACUGGCCUGUUUGCUUCCAUGAAGAACAUGUUCCUUGGAAAAGACAGCCAAAAACCGAAAGUAGCCCACCGACCAUCAGCCCCUAAGAAGGAAGAAGGUGGUUUAGGGAACUCUAUCUUCGGAACAGGCAUCACUACACCAUCAUCUGGUCCCAUGCCAUCCCGGCAAGGCCAGCAGCAACAGAAGCAACAACAGGGAGAAGAGACCAAGGUCGGAAGACUAGAGAAUCGUGAAUUGAGCCGCCUGCAAGUGGGCUUGAGUCCUGACCCCAGGGCCCAGCUGCGGUGGGAGAGAAAAAUGGCUGUCCGCGAGAUCCGGAAACGAGGCCGACUACCGACCAAGGUCCAAAUCAAACGCACAGAGCGCGAAUCGCUUGCUAAAUCCCACUGGUUCAAGACCUCGCUGAAGAAGCUGGGUCCUCUGGCCCGCCAGAUCGCCGGCAAGAACAUCGACGAGGCCAUCCUCCAGAUGCGCUUCAGCAACAAGAAGGCCGCCAAGGAUGUGCUGGAACACCUGGAACACGCAAAGAACGUCGCUGUGGUCCGUGCCGGCAUGGGCCUUUCCCACGAUGCCAAACCCGUGAAACCCAUCACCGUCACACUCAAGUCUGGCGAGCGCAAGAAGAUCACCAACCCCACCGAUAUCUACAUUCAGGAGGCUUGGGUCAACCGUGGUCCCUACGGAUAUGAGAUGGAUCACCGCGCUCGUGGUCAGAUCAACCGCAUGCGUCCCCCCACCACAAGUCUCUCAGUCCUGUUGAAGGAGGAGAAGACUCGCAUCCGUGAGUGGGAGGACCGGGAGGCUAAGGCCCAGCGGGAGCGUGUGUCCCAACUCUGGACCCAACUGCCGGAUCGCAAGAUCCCUACGCAGAACCAGUACUACAGCUGGUGA